AUGCCAUCUGACCGACUCGAUCCAUAUCUCGGUCAGCCCUACAUCCUGUUCUACCAUUGGGAAGUCGAUUCCAAAACACCGUUUCACCUGGCAUGUAUGUCCCAAUGGUUCGCGACAUCCUUCAUCGAUCCCGAUCAUUCACACUUGACCUUCCCGACCGCCGAGCAUUAUAUGAUGUAUCGUAAAGCACUCUUGUUCGACCCUGAAGUAGCAGAUGAAAUUGCCAAAGCACCUACACCUGAAGAAGCAAAAGAGAGGGGAAGGAAGAUCCGGAAUUUCGAUAGGGCCAAAUGGAAUGAGAUCAAUGAUGGAGUGGUGGAAAGGGGGAAUUACCUCAAAUUCAGUCAGAAUGUAGAGUUGAAGAAGGUGAUUCUGAAGACUAAAGGGAGAACGCUGGUGGAAUCUAGUCCGACUGAUAGGAUAUGGGGGAUCGGUUUUGGUGUAGAUGAUGCGGAAAGUAAAGAACAUGAGUGGGGUGCGAAUAGAAUGGGUCUCGCUCUGACGAGAGCACGAGAUAGACUGGUCAAGGAGCAUUUAGAAAAGUGA